AUGUUUCCCAUUGCCUUCGCUUUUCUUCUCGCUCCCAUUCUCGCCCAAGCUGCUACGUUCACUGGCUGCAUGACAGGCUCCAUUCCUCAUAAAUCAAAAUCACACGUUGAAUUGCCUAAUGUGGAAGGCACCGAUUGUAUUGAUCAAUGUACCGCCCGUGGCUUUGAAUACUCAUUCUCAUACUUUCAUGAUGUUGACGCCAUUCAUUAUUGUCAUUGUGAUUCAUCUGCCACACUGAGCGAACAUAAAGAUUACCUUCAACCAGCCUACGAAGGCGAAAGGUGUUACGAGAAUGACGCUACUGUCUACCACCUUCAUACAGAGCUUACGUUCACUCAUUGCGCCAAUUCUCUUGCAUCCGAACAUACCAUCCUUGGAUUGAUCGUGGAUACUCCUGCGCAAUGUUUCGAGCAUUGUUCUUCCACCGGUGCAUACUUACUUGCCCCACCUACGGGCGUCAAAGGUGGUCAAUAUGAAUGUUUCUGCCAACAACCUGAAAUUCAAGAAGUCGGCAUAAGCUCUUUCUGUGACUCAGCUGCUUACAGAAGAUUCGAUGCGCCGGUCAAAUCUAACCGUAACAGACUCACUUUCCAAUCUGCCGGAAACGACGUUCAAAAGACUAUGACUAUAUAA